CCUUCCCCUCUGGACAGCUACCAAACCAAACUGCAAAUACAGAAGCGUGUGUUAUUUCAUCUCUCGUCUCACCUGCUCAUGAACUAACAGUCAGACGGCAGAUCUCCGCAGUCAUGAUGUCCAUGAACAGCAAGCAAGCUUUCAGCAUGCACCCUCUCCUGCAUGAACCCAAAUAUACGCCACUCCACUCCAGCUCUGAGGCGCUCAGGCGGGCAUGUCUACCCACUCCAUCGCUGCAAGGGAACAUAUUUGCCGGUUUUGACGAGACUUUGCUGCAGAGAGCCGAGGCGCUAGCAGCAGUGGAUUUAGCUUCUCAGAAAAAUAACCUAUACAAACCGGAUGCCACUUAUCACACCAUGGCCAGCAUGACAUGCACCCCAACCUCCUCGUCCGUCCACCUGCCCCACCCUUCUGUCCUCACGAGCCACCACCACCACCAUCACCACCAGCCGUCGCAGGGGCUGGAGGGCGAUCUCCUGGACCAUCUCACGCCCGGCCUCUCCCUGGCCUGCAUGGCAGGACCCGAUGUUGGCUCCACAGCGUCGCACCCCCACUCACACAUGUCUGCCAUCAACCACAUGUCUCACCAUCACCCCCAGACCAUGAACAUGCACCCCCACAACCUCGGCUCUCACGCCUCCCUGGGAAGCGCAGGGGAGUCCGAACCUGACCCGCGGGAGCUGGAGUCGUUUGCAGAGAGAUUCAAGCAGAGAAGAAUCAAACUUGGUGUCACCCAGGCGGACGUGGGGUCGGCUCUGGCUAACCUGAAAAUCCCAGGCGUUGGUUGUCUUAGCCAGAGCACUAUCUGCCGGUUCGAGUCCCUUACACUCUCCCACAAUAACAUGGUGGCCCUCAAACCCAUCCUGGAAGCCUGGCUAGAAGAAGCGGAAAGGGCGCAGAGGGAGAAAAUGACCAAGCCCGAGAUAUUUAACGGAGGUGACAAGAAGCGGAAAAGAACCUCAAUCGCGGCUCCCGAGAAGAGGUCCUUGGAAGCUUACUUCUCCGUACAGCCCAGACCAUCUUCGGAAAAGAUAGCAGCCAUAGCAGAGAAACUAGAACUGAAAAAAAACGUGGUGCGUGUUUGGUUUUGCAAUCAAAGACAGAAACAGAAAAGAAUGAAGUUUUCAGCAACACACUAGGAAGAUAUGUAAAAAAAAAAAAAAAAAAAAAAAAAAAAAGACAGGAUCUUCCUUUGUUACUUUGUCAAUUAAUUAUUUUAUUUUUACAGAUUCCAGAACUUAAUAACAACAUUCCCCCUUUUGUUACAAACUGAAAAAAAAAGACAAAAAGGGGAUCCCGUCAACCCGUACUCUGUUUUGUACUGUACUGUACUGAUGGUGAGUUGUAAGUGACCAGUUCAGAUCAAGGACAGAACUUCACCAUCGACUUUCAUGGCAAUUCUAUUGUACAGAAUCUCAGAGAAACUUGAAUAAGAAUAAUAAAUAUUCUCUUUAGUUGAAAAAAAAAAAAAAAAAAAAAACUUUUUUUAUAGGUAUUAAUGUAAAUAUUUAUUUGUGAAUAUAUUGCACCUCUGUGUGAAGAGCCCACGGGUUUUCUUUUUAAAAUGAUGGUUGGUGUUUGCCGCUAAUAUCGAUGCUUACUUACAUUGUUACUUUAUGUGAUUUGCAAAAGCGAUUUAACUUAUACCUCCACUAUGACUUGGGGAACUUUGUGUUUAUCGUUGCAUGGUUUACAAAUAGAGCGUAUCUGUGCGUUAGUUUUAAGGAAAAUUUGAAUGCAUUGCAAUAACAACAAACAACAACAACAAAAGGGUUUACGCUUCUGUUUUUCUACCUCAUCACUCUAAGCACAUUCGUGGUUGGGAUUUUUUUUCUUUUCACGAGCUUAAAAGGGAAAAUUAGAUGACAAUAAAUAAAUAAACGUGUUAAAUGUCUAUACUUAUUUCACUGUAAUAAUGCUCUGACAAUCAAACCAUUUUUUUUUAAAAAACAAUUGCGUUGUGAAUUAUUUGUAUCUAUCCACAAAAAAGACCAGAAUGCAUUUAGGUGUUACUGGGACAAAC